UGGCCGCUCUCAGGUUCCUCUCUGGUUUAGCCUUCUCAUCCAACUCCUGCUGGCGUUCCAUACGUGGGAUACACUUGCCAACACGUAUCAACAUUUUGUUGAUUUUGAUAGAUUUAUUAGCCGCUUCUUCUGUUUCGAAAUAAACAAAACCCUUUGAUGCCUUAUCUUGUCUCGCGUAAUCUUGCAAUCGAGUAUAUCACCGAAUGCAGAAAACAUAUGAUACAUCGCUUUAUUAUUUAUGUUUUUAUCUAAGUUCUUGAUAAAUACACUUCCGGCAUCCGACUUGCGUAGGAAGGGAUCGUUCCGGAACAUCAUCCGAAUAGGCCGCCCUUUUAUAAUUUCGAAGUUCAUAGUAUCAAAAAGGCGCGUCAGCCGGUUGCCGAAAGUUGACAUAUGCGUGGCCCAGCGAGCGGCGGGUGAUCAUGUCGCGGCACACGCGUAUCAACAGCACAGACCCAGCCGUUGAAAACUUUUCGAACAGCGUCACCUCGGUGAUGGUGUGCAGAUUGUCCAUGUAAAGCGAGGCCGUGAAAUAGUUUGGCGCUUCAAGAUUCAUGGCGGCAGCGGUAGUAGUAAAGUGUCUCGUUGGAUUUUUCUUGUCAGCCGUUUAUCAAACACGCAAACUUUUCAUUCCAAUUUUACUCACAUUGAUAGCCAGUUAUAUUCGCAUUGUUUAAUCGAUAACCUGUGUUACCAUGGGCGAUGCUUCCUGAUGUUCAGGCCUGCUUUUGGAUGAAUAUAUGUUUGAUCGGAUGUUUAGUUCUUCAUGGUUUCUCGCGACAAUUCGUGACAAUUCGCACUUAGCAGAAUUUAUUUCGACACUCAAAUCAAAUUAAUGACUAUAAUAUAUUCAUCGUCUCAAUCAAAAGCCUCGUGUUAACGAAGAUAUUGAAUCGCGACCUAUUAUAUUAAUCUUUAGCGCAGAAAUUUCAAUUUUGGUUAAAAGUUUUAACUAUCGGUAAAUAUGGUGAGAUUGCAUGUGAAGAAAGGUGACGAGAGCCAAUUUUUGUAUGAUACCAAUGUAGAGGCGAAUGUGGACGAUGUCGUACGUGACAUCGUAGUGAUUUACAACGGUCGUUUGAAGAUUUCAAGAAUUUGUUAUGAGAUCGAGGAGCUGGCUAAGCACGGCGUGAUGUUACCACCUGACAUAAUGGGCCUUACGGACGAGCAGGUCGAGGAGCUCAAGCUCAAGGACGAAUGGGCCGACAAGUGCGUGCCCUCGAGCGGUUGGACUUUCAACAGAGACAAGAUGGGUCGUAGAAACGGUCGACAACCAAAUGAAAAGAUGCAAGAGGUACUGAAGAAAACUAUCGAGGACGCACGUACCAUGACAUCGAAAAAAUUAGUGCAACAAGAGAAAUUGGUUACCCAAAAGACGGUCCAAGAAGCUUUGGAUUUGUUAAGAGGCGCCGUGACGAUCGUUUAUCCGAUGGGACUGCCGCCACACGACGUGAUACGUCAAGAGUUUGAGAAUACCGAAGACCUCACCGGUACUCAAGCAUCUCUCGAGGUAAUCGAUAUGCAACUGGCUCAACUAUGGUUCUCCGGAAAGGAAUUAUUACCUGGGAAAAAGAUGAAGGACUUCGUGGGAAAUAACGAGAAGACCAAGAUAAUCGUGAAGCUACAGAAAAGAGGCUCUGGAAAACCGGCGAGGGAACCGUUAAUGUCGGAAGACGAGCGGAAACAAUUGAUGUUGGACGCGUAUCGUCGUCAAGAACAGCUGAAGGUAAGUGUCGUUCUUUAUACCUCGAUAAUGUCUCGGAUGAUUCGUCGAAGGUAAGGUGUAUUUUUUUAUUACUGUGCAAAUAAAAUCUAGCAAUUGAGUGCAAUAGGAGCGUAUAGGUGUUUUAAUUAAAUCUCAAAAAGUUUGGAUAAACUUUUGAAUAACAUCGACGUUAACAACAAAUGGUGAUCAAGCUGUAGUUGAGCUUGACGCGUUCUGUUUUAUCCCCAACUGCUCGUCUAAAAAUCAAUAGAACAUACAACUUACAAAUAGAAAUAAUAGCAGAAUUUUCUAAAUUUUGUAAUUAUCUAUCAGUGAAAUUACUGAUAAUUUUGCA